CUAGUGUAUGUUUGUUUUAGAAAACCAAGUGCUUGGACGUUAUACGAUGCGCGUCUUUCAAUAGGGUGAAAUUAGCCGUUUUCCUCACAAGUGCUCUCCUUUCCAGGGUGUAGUUUCUCUCAUGUCAUAUUUAUCAUCAGUUUGUUCAGUCUAACAUUCAAAGUGUUAUCUAGAAACGUUUUAAUUCCAUUGAAUGCUGUUUGCAUAAUACUGUAUUUUAUGUUUUGUUUGUUUGUCUUCGUCCACUGAUCAACUGUUCGUUGCAUUUAAAUUGUCCUCAUUUGAAAUAAAGUUUAUACAAUAUGUUUAGCAAUAUUAAGCGCAAAUUAACUCACCCACGCCCAAAGCCUAAUUCUCCUACUGCCCAGUGCUUAACAAAAAAGGAUGAAGGAACUACAAAGAAAGACAGAGUUGAAUUCGUCAAACGAGAAGCAAAUCCGAAUGAGCCUUCAUCGUUACGUGAUACUUUUACAGAAUCUGAUUUUACUAAAACAACAACAAUAUCAUCUAUGCAUAAUGCGGUUACAUUGGAUGGUUGUGAUACAAAAAAUUUUGAUAAAUCUAACAAUCAAAAAUAUUCUUCAACCUUUAAUCAUCAUCAUCAUAAUGAGACGGCUUCAGAAACAAUGAAUUCAUCUUUGCAUAAUAAUACAAAUAAUUCAAAAUGUCAAAAUAAUAAAACGGAUGAUACAUGUAAGGCGUCGAUAACCACAACAAUGUCUAAUAAGUCUAAUUUCCAUAAAGAUUCCAUUGUUUAUUCCUCUCAGUUAGACAUUAGUAAUAAUAAUAAUACUAGCUCUCCUGGAAGUGAGAGUUUUCUUGGUAGUUUCGAUGGUUGUGGUAGUGGAGGCGGUGACGGUGGUCGUGGUGGUUCUUCCACCUCUUAUCUAUCACCUGCUUCAUCUUCCGCUAAAGAUUCAAAAACAGAAGAGGAUCUAGAAGAAGAAAAAUACUUGAACAAUAAUAAUAACAUUGACAAUUGUAACAAUAAAUCAAUAAUGAAAAAUCACAAUUCUUACCAUCAUCAACAAUUGUCGUCUAGUCCUAAAAUUUUAACAACUCAUCUAAUACAAAAUAAAUUCAAUCCACAUCCACUAGCUACUAUUAAUCAAUCACUGAGUGUCACUACUAACAAUAAAACUCAUCAUAGUAAUGAUAAUAAUAAUAAUAACGUGUGUAUUCACAAAAAUGAAACUUGCAAUGUCUGUGAUCAAACUAGUAAUCAUUUAAAUAAUACUUGUAAUAUAAAUUGUAAAAUUAAUUCUACUCCGUCAGUUAAUGAAUCUCCUGUUUAUGAUAAUUGUAUACCAGAUAUUAUUAAUUCAAUAACGGCGACAACAACAAAUCAUCAUAAUCCAGUGAAAUUAUUGACUACUACGAACAAUUGUAAACAUUCACAACAUCAAUUACUGUCUAAUAAUAAUAAUAAUAAUAAUAAUAAUAAUAAUAAUAAUAAUAAUAAUAAUAAUAAUAAUAAUAAUAAUAGUUUUAGGCAAAUAAAUAAUGAUCAUAUUCAUCAGUCACCACGUAUGACGACAUCAGCAACUAAUCAUAGUCCAGUUUUCACAAUGAAUGGUAUUAACAAACCUUGGAGUUCUGUAGAUGGUUAUAAUACGUCACGUAUUGUAGUUGGCACUACAAUAAAAGAAGAAGAAAUUGAAAGUGAAGAAUUCAAUUCAUUGACAACAUUUCAAUCAUGUACUACCGAACAGGAGAAUUUAAAAAAUUCUACUUCUAAAAAAUCUUCUGAUCAACAAAAACUUAUGAAUUCAUACAAUCAUAUCAAAGAUCCUUUGAAUUUACCAGUUCAAUUAGGUCCACAUCUUGCAGCCGCUGUUGUACAAGCAUCUGAUGAAACUGGAACAGCAACUGCUGAUCUAGUCGCUGGUUUAGCUGAAGUUCGUCGACGACCAAUUGAUGCUAGAAAUAGACUUCGUCGACUUGGUUUAAUGCAAACACCAGAUAAUGGGAAUUUUUAUGAAGAAUUAUCAUUUAAUAAUAAAGUCAGCAAUUCAAUAUCAAAUCGUUUAUCUUUACCAGCAAGUAUUAAUCUCCCACCGCAUUUAUGGCAUAGAGCUACACAAUUUUUAGAAGAACCUAUGUCAAGACGUGAGCGUCGAUGUUCAUUAUCGGAAAUCGGUUUUGGAAAACUCGAGUCUUACGCCAAACUGGAUUUAUUGGGUCAAGGUACAUAUGCAACUGUAUACAAAGGUAAAAGUCUUCUAACAGAAACGUUAGUUGCUUUAAAAGAAAUACGUCUAGAACAUGAUGAAGGUGCACCAUGUACAGCUAUACGUGAAGUGAGCUUAUUGCGUAAUCUACGCCAUGCAAAUAUAGUCACUUUACAUGAUAUUAUUCAUACUGAGAAGUCGUUAACAUUGGUAUUUGAAUAUGUGGAACGUGAUCUAAAACAAUAUUUACACGAUUGUCAUGGAAUUAUGCAUUCGGAUAAUGUCCAAUUAUUUUUAUACCAGUUAUUACGUGGUUUAGCUUACUGUCAUGAACGUCGUAUACUACAUCGUGAUUUAAAGCCACAAAAUUUAUUGAUCAAUAGUAGAGGAGAUUUGAAACUGGCUGAUUUUGGUUUAGCUCGCGCCAAAUCAAUUCCGAUUAAAACUUAUUCUAAUGAAGUUGUUACAUUAUGGUACAGACCACCAGAUAUUUUGUUAGGUUCAACGGAAUAUUCUACUCAUAUUGAUAUGUGGGGCGUCGGUUGCAUAUUCUAUGAAAUGGCUACUGGUUGGCCACUUUUUCCUGGCUCUACUGUAGAAGAACAAUUGACACUGAUUUUUAAACGAUUAGGUACUCCAAAUGAAACGAAUUGGCCAGGAGUUACCAGCCAUCCAGAUUAUAGUAAAUCGCUUAAAUACGGUCCAUAUCCUGGUGAACCAGGGGGUCUUCCACAUUUAACUCCACGUUUAUCACGUCGUGCACAUCGUUUAAUGGCAGAAUUAUUAGUUUUUCCUGGAAUUCAACGAAUCUCUGCUAUAAAAGCUUUGAAACAUGAAUAUUUUAUUGAUUCUUCCCGGUUUCCAUUUCAUACAUUUAAUAGUUUAUCAGCAGAUUCAAGUGUAUUCGAUGUUCCAGGUGUACGAUUAGCAUGUGAUCCUGGACGUAGUGCCAGUCUACCGACAAAUCGUAUGAGUACCUCAAGCUAUUUCUCUUCAAAUAAUGGAUAUAAUAAUAAUAUUGUAAGAUGUACAAAUUCACAAUUAAAAGUUAAUCCUCAUCAUCGUCAUUCACAAAUUGAAAUGAAUAAUUUAAUGAAACAUCGAAAUAAUCAUGAUUAUUAUCGUAAUCAAAUGUCCGGUUUAUCUAAUUGCAAUAAUGUUAAGAUGAUAGCGUCUCAAUUCCAAAGUUAUACUAACAAUAUCAAUACUACUACUACUACUACUAAUAAUAAUAAUAACAAUACCAAUAGUAAUAAUAACAACAGCAAUAAUAAUCAUUUCUUUCCUAAAUAUCAUUGUGAAAUUAGUAAUAUGCCUCCCCCGCCUCCUCCUCCUCACCAAUCUAUCUCAUCGAAUUCUAUGUGUGCUUUACAAGUAUAUUUUAAUAAUACCGGCGGAAACACUACUGCUAACAAUACUACUACUACUACUAAUAGUAAUAACAAUGCAUCUUGUCGACCAUAUUCAACAGCGUUCGAAUCAAAUUAUCCUCUCCCUUCUAUAUCGAAUUCAAGAUCAUUUAUCAAUUCGAAUUUCGUGCUUGGCCCAACGAAAUUCAAUGAUCAGUAUCAAAUCAAACCAGUCAUAGGAUCAACAAUAAUAGGGUUAGAUGUAACAAAUUGCACUACAUCAAUUAAUAAUAAUAAUAAUAAUAAUAAUAAUAAUAAUAGUGAAAAUAGUAAUAAUACUACCACUGUUGUUUAUAAACCACAAACAGUAAAUCGUUCUAAUUGGUUAAAUAUUGGACGACAAUCUUCAGGUCGAUUUGAAGAUCGCCGACGUAGUCUUUUCUCAUGAGAUCACCAUUCUAUUACAAUGUACACAAAUACAUAAAGAGAAGGAGAAUGAAAUGGCCAUAAGCGAGGUGUUUUGGAACCGCUUUUUCUUCUCUCACAAACAUAUACAUCAGCUGAUCAUGACGACGACUACUUUGCAAUAACUCUAUUUCCUUAUCUAACUUUUCCACUGUUUUUUUCCUUCAAACAUGUACAGUCUUCCACGAUGAUUACUGUGUUGUCUACUAGUGAUAGGCAACUGAUAACUAGUGAUUUGUUAUUACCUAAUUUACUGAUAUGCAUCACAUGAUUUCUUUUUUUGUCUUACUGUUCUUCCAUUAUUGUUGAUGUUUUUAACGUUUUUUUAAACAAAAUUUAUUUGUGACUUGCUUUUGACUUUUAUUCAUGCAUUUUAUUUUUCACAAUGUUUAGUUAUUCUGUACCCCCUUGUAGCAUAUAUAUAUAUCCUCAUUCCAGUGGUGACUUUUCAUCUGCUACUCGACCACUAUUAAAUGUUGAUGCUACACGCGUUCAACUUGUUUAUCAGUUCAUUUGAAUAUAAUAAAUAUUCUUUCAAUGUUCAAAACAGCAUUUCACAAAUCCCUUGAUUAUAGUUUUGUUUUCCUUUUGUUUGUUUGUGGUUGAUAAUGAUGACUGUAUCUUUCAAGCUGAUCAGUCUCAGUCAAGUCAGUUAAUAUAUUCAUAUAUAUAUGGUUUCAUUUGUUUGUAUCUAUCCAUUUGCAUAAGAACAACAAUAAUCAAUAAAUAUAUAUAUUUGUCAAACAAUGUAUAACGAAUGCCAGAGUCAUACAAUUUCAUUUAAAUAAAAAACUAAGAAAAUCUCUUCAAUUUGU